AUGGACAGCGCCAUGUCCUGCCACUGCGAUAUUAACAAGUCAAAUUUCGGCUCACUGUUUGACUUGGAGCAUGAUCUCCCAGACGAGCUCAUCAGCUCUAAUGAAUCAGGUCUGGUCAAUGGUGGGGACCUCAGCCAAUUGCACACCACUCUGGGAGGAGGACCUGCAGGGCUGGGUCCUGGUGGAGGGGCAGGAGGAAUGGGGCUUGGACUUGGUGGAGGCCAGGAUGCGGUGGCCAAGCACAAACAGCUGUCCGAGCUUUUGCGUUCUGGGGCACCCAGUGCGGCCCAGCAAGGACACCAAGGAGCCAUGGGUAGCCCAGGAGGCCCCAGCGCCAUGGGGCAACACUUGGCGAACAUGAAAGCAUCCCCUGGCCAGGGUUCUCCGCAGAUGAUGGGCCAGGGGCAGCAGCACCUCUCCCCUCAGCAGCAGGCCAACAUGAUGCAGCAGCAGCAACAACAGAAUGCUGCAGCUGGAAUGAUGGGUGGCAUGAACAGGGCCAUGAUGGGAGCGCAGCAGAAGGGAAAUAACGGACAGCAGCAGCCAGGCAUGAUUGGGAGCCAGGUGAUGAAUGGCUCCCCCAGGAUGGGCUUUGGGAAUCAGGGGAUGGGUGGCAACAGCAACCUGUUGGCUGAGACCCUACAGCAGCAGGGAGCUGGGGGCCAGGCCGGGAUGAGAGGCCAGCAACCUGGAGCAAUGAACAAGAUGGGGAUGAUGGGGAACCCAGGUGGUCCUUUUGGAGGUCCAUAUGCAGGGCAGGGGAAUCAAGGUCUGGGCGGUGCAGGGCUGGGCCCUCAGCUCCAGAACAAAGGUCCCAUGGCCAACAGCCUAGCCCAGUUCAACUUGGACAAGAAGAACCAGCCCAUGCAAGGAAUGGCCGCCAUGGGCUCCCCGCAGUCACAAGCCAGUGUGGGCGGUCCCUCUGGCGCACCUGUGGGAGGAUCCCCAGGGAUGAUGCCCAACGCUCAGGCGGGUCUGGUGGGUCCCGGUACCCAGGUUUCUGCAGCAUCCGCUGCUGCCGGUGCACCGCCCACAGCUGACCCGGAGAAGCGCAAGCUAAUACAGCAGCAACUGGUGCUCCUGCUUCAUGCACACAAGUGUCAGCGGCGGGAGCAGGCCAACGGGGAAGUCCGGCAGUGCAACCUGCCACACUGCCGCACUAUGAAGAACGUCCUUAACCACAUGACUCACUGCCAGGCUGGCAAGUCCUGUCAGGUUGCUCACUGUGCAUCAUCGAGGCAGAUCAUCUCCCAUUGGAAGAACUGCACGCGACACGACUGUCCUGUCUGCCUGCCACUGAAGAAUGCCGGGGACAAGAGGAACCCGCAGUCUCUACUCGGUGCAGCCGCUGCAGGUCUGGGCAGCUCUCUCGGGGCUGUACCUGGUGGCCAAACAAGUGCUCCCAACCUCAACCCGCCGAGCCAGAUCGACCCCAGCUCCAUAGAAAGAGCCUACGCAGCCCUGGGCCUCACCUACCAGGGAAACCAGAUCCAGGUUCAGCCUGCCCAGCCCAACAUGUCCAACCAAGGCUUGCAAGGCCAGGCUGGCAUGAGGCCUCUGAACGCAUUGGGUGCGAAUCCUUUGGGAGUCAAUGGAGGAGUGGGAGCUUCUGCUCAGAGUCAACAAUCCAGCCUGUUGCAGGAUACCAUGAUGCACCUCAACGUGAACACAGGUCUGAUGAAUGAUGCUGGUGGGGUCGGCUCCAUGCCCACAGCAGGCCCUCCCUCUUCCUCGGGUAUGAGGAAAAGCUGGCACGAGGACAUCACGCAGGACCUACGAAACCACUUGGUACACAAACUUGUUCAGGCCAUCUUUCCGACUCCAGAUCCCGCUGCUCUCAAGGACCGUCGAAUGGAGAACCUGGUGGCGUACGCCAGAAAAGUUGAGGGAGACAUGUACGAGUCGGCCAACAGUAGAGCGGAGUACUAUCACCUGCUAGCGGAGAAGAUCUAUAAGAUCCAGAAGGAGCUGGAGGAGAAGAGGAGGACCCGGCUCCAGAAGCAGGGUCUGGGCAUCGGGCCUGCCGGCAUGGGUCAGCCCCCCACUGGACUGCCUCCAAACGGUCCCCUUCCUGACCCAUCGAUGGUGCGACCGGCUGGACCUAAUCAGAUGGUCAACAGAAUGCAAAGCCCAGGUAUGAAUCAGUUCAAUCAGAUGGGGAUGCCGUCGAUGGGCCAGAGGUCCACGCCUCCUCUCCCCAUAGGAGCAUCUAGUAACCAGAUGGGAAUGGUCGGACCCAGGAUGGGGCAGCCGAAUGUCAGCCAGCUGCAAAACCAGUAUCUGUCCCAGGGACAGUUUCCUGGAUCAGGACCUGGAGUUGGAGCAGCUCAGCCUGGGAUGGCCCAACCUGGAGCACAGGCAGGCAUGGCACAGACGCAGAUGGGCACUCCUCCCUCUCUUCCAGUUGCUAGUCCUCUAGCACAGCCAGGUUCGGUCGGUGGUCCCGGUAGCGUCCCCUCAGUGGGGCCGAUGGGUCCUCAGAGCGUUGGUGGUGGAGGUCCCAACUCAGGUGUUGGAACCCCCCCUUCCUCAAUGACCCCAUCGAACUCAAACCAGCAACCCAACUCCAUCCCCCAUUUGGCAGCCAUGCGCGGCUCGCCCUCCCCCGCUCACAGCCGAUCUCCUACUCCUCACCAAACGCCCCCCAGACUCGCUGGGUCCCUGACCCCACAGCCACACACCCCGAACGCACCACAGCUGGGCCCACCUUCGACCCCCAAGCAGAACCAGCAUGGCCAGGGUCCGGGCUCCAACAAGCCCCUGCAGCAGCACAUGGGGUCAUCUGGUUCCACCACUCCAUCUCACCCUGGGUUGGGCUCUAGCUCAACGCCACAUGGUUCUCAGCUUCCACGCACUCCGUUGUCCCAAAAGGGUUCCUUCCCAACGGACAGUCAGGCCCUGACUCCAGCCUCUGUCAGCAGCCUGGACACUUCCUCCCAGCAGCCCCAGUCGAACGCUUCAGCCGCCAACCUCGACCCCAAGAUGGAGAUCAAGCAGCAGGACGACGAGGACGAGGAGGAGGAGGAGAGCGACUCCGGCAGCUGCUCCAAAGGAGGGAAGCUCAGCAACAUCAAAAUGGAGGAAAAGCCUGUGAAACUAGAGGUGAAGAAGGAGGAGUGCUCCGGAGAGGGAGGUAAAGGGCUUCACAUGGAUACAUCGACGACGAUGCAGAUGUCGAGCAUCAAGACGGAAGACAGGAAACCGGAGAUAAAGAAGGAGGUGAAAGAGGAAGAGGACACGUCAGAUGCAGCUUCAACACAGACUCCAGUGAAGAAGAAGAUCUUCAAGCCAGAGGAGCUUCGUCAGGCCCUGAUGCCCACCCUCGAAUCUCUCUACAGACAAGAUCCAGAGUCUCUGCCCUUCAGGAUGCCUGUCGACCCACAGCUGCUCUGCAUACCUGACUACUAUGAUAUUGUGAAGACCCCGAUGGACUUGUCUACUAUCAAGCGAAAGCUGGAUACAGGUCAGUACCAGGAUCCGUGGCAGUACGUGGAUGACAUCUGGGUGAUGUUCAACAACGCCUGGCUGUACAACCGCAAAACAUCCCGAGUCUACAAGUACUGCUCCAAGCUGGCCGAGGUUUUCGAGCAGGAGAUCGAUCCCGUCAUGCAGAGCCUCGGAUACUGUUGUGGGAGGAAGCUGGAGUUCUCUCCUCAGACACUGUGCUGCUACGGAAAGCAGCUGUGCACUAUUCCCAGAGAUGCUGCUUACUUCAGCUACCAGAACAGGUACCACUUCUGCGAGAAGUGUUUCAACGAGAUCCAGGGAGAGACGGUUUCCCUGGGCGACGACCCCACUCAGCAACAGACGUCGAUUAACAAGGAACAGUUUGAGAAGAAGAAGAACGACACACUGGACCAGGAAGUGCUUGUUGAAUGUAUGGACUGCGGGCGCAGGAUGCAUCAGAUCUGUGUCUUGCACCAUGAAACAAUCUGGCCAUCGGGUUUUGUAUGUGACGGCUGCUUGAAGAAGACAAACAAGACGAGGAAAGAGAACAAGUAUUCUGCCAAGAGGUUGCCUCAGACAAAGUUGGGCAGCUACCUGGAGAUACGGGUGAACGACUUCCUGAAGCGUCAGAGCUUCAUAGACGCCGGAGAAGUCAACAUUCGCGUCGUCCACGUCUCCGACAAAGUGGUGGAGGUCAAACCAGGCAUGAAGUCCAGAUUUGUGGACAGCGGAGAGAUGUCGGAGUCUUUUCCAUACAGGACAAAAGCCCUGUUUGCGUUUGAGGACAUUGACGGAGCGGACGUCUGCUUCUUCGGUAUGCACGUUCAGGAGUACGGAUCGGACUGCCCUCAGCCCAACCAGAGGCGAGUUUACAUCUCCUACUUGGACAGUGUCCACUUCUUCAAGCCUCGUGCUCUAAGGACGGCAGUCUACCACGAAGUCCUCAUCGGCUACUUGGAAUACGUCAGGAAGUUGGGCUACACCACAGGACACAUCUGGGCCUGCCCGCCUAGUGAAGGGGACGACUACAUCUUCCACUGUCACCCUGCAGACCAGAAGAUCCCAAAGCCCAAACGCCUCCAAGAGUGGUACAAGAAGAUGUUGGACAAAGCCGUGGCAGAGCGGAUAGUGCACGAUUACAAGGAUGUCUUCAAGCAGGCGACAGAGGAUCGUUUGACCAGUGCCAAAGAGCUGCCUUACUUUGAGGGCGACUUUUGGCCCAAUGUGCUGGAGGAGAGCAUCAAAGAGCUGGAGCAGGAGGAGGAGGAGAGGAAAAGAGAGGAGAACAGCACGUCCAACGAGAGUAUUGAUGAGACGAAAGGCGACAGUAAAAAUGCAAAGAAGAAGAACAACAAGAAGACGAGUAAGAACAAGAGCAGCUUGAGUCGAACCAAUAAGAAGAAGCCAGGGAUGCCCAACGUGUGCAAUGACCUUUCACAGAAACUCUACGCCACUAUGGAGAAACACAAAGAGGUGUUCUUUGUGAUCCGGCUGAUCGCUGCACCCAUGGCAAACGCUCUGCCCCCCAUCACAGACCCGGAUCCCCUGAUGGCAUGUGAUCUCAUGGACGGCCGCGAUGCUUUCCUGACUUUGGCCCGAGACAAACACUUGGAGUUCAGCUCGCUGAGGAGGUCCAUGUGGAGCUCCAUGUGCAUGUUGGUGGAGUUGCACAACCAAAGCCAGGACCGCUUCGUCUACACUUGUAAUGAGUGCAAACACCACGUAGAGACUCGUUACCACUGUACCGUCUGCGAGGAUUACGACCUCUGCAUCGUGUGUUACGGCACUAUUCGCCAUGUGCACAAGAUGGAGAAGUUAGGCCUCGGUCUGGAUGACGAGAGCAGCAACCAGGCUGCCGCAACCACACAGAGUCCCGGAGACUCUCGUCGCCUCAGCAUCCAGCGCUGCAUCCAGUCCCUCGUCCACGCCUGCCAGUGUCGAAAUGCAAACUGCUCUCUGCCGUCCUGCCAGAAGAUGAAACGUGUCGUUCAGCACACCAAAAGCUGCAAAAGAAAAACAAACGGUGGCUGCCCCAUCUGCAAGCAGCUUAUCGCGUUGUGUUGCUACCACGCGAAGCACUGUCAGGAGAACAAGUGCCCCGUUCCGUUCUGCCUAAACAUCAAGCACAAGCUCCGCCAGCAGCAGCUGCAGCACAGACUCCAGCAGGCCCAGAUGCUCAGAAGGAGAAUGGCCAGCAUGCAGAGAGUGGGCCAGCCGCCUCCUGGAGGAGCUCCUGGGGGCAAUGGCCUCCCUUCUCCAGGAGCCAACAAUGGAGCAACUGCGCCUGGUACACCUACGUCUGUGGGCACGCAGCCUCCUACACCACAGACACCCACCCAGGGAAACAUGCCUGCACUCCCUCAGCAACAAGGAGUUGGGAUGGGUGUAAUGGGAACCCCGGGCCAGCAACAACAGGUGCAGCAGCAAGGUGGUACCAUGCCACCUCAACACCAUCUCCAUCAGUAUCAGCCAGUGGGUGUAGGAGGUGGAGGGGGGAUGAUGAACUCUCCUCAGCAGCAGAUGGUAACUCAGCUCCAGCAGCAGCCUCCCAACGUCCAGCAGCAGCACCCGGGUGGUUUGCCUCCUUACAACCCCAGACCGCCGGGGGCUUCUCCACUACACCAGUCCCUAGGCAAACCUGGAAUGGGUCCAGCCACACCACCCCAGCAGCAGCAACAACUCAACCAAGGCCCGGGGUCCAUGCAUGUACAAGGCCAGCAGCAAGGGCCCCCUCUGGCUGCUGUAGAGACGGCCCUAAAAAUCCAGCGGCUAGCAGAGACCCAGAGACAGAUGGCUCAGGCCCAGGCUCAAGCCCAGAUACGUGGCUUGGGACAGGGGGGCAUGAUACCCCAACACCCUCACCACCAGAACCCCCAGGCCCAAAUGGGCAUGCCCCACAUUGGGGCCCAGGGCAUGCCCCCCCAGGCUCAGGGAGUUGUUGGCAGGACUAUGUUAGACCCACAGCAACAAGGAAUGCUAGCAGGGAUGCAGCAAGGCAGUCCUCAGUCGCAGCUGCCACCUCAAAUUCAGCAGCAGCUCCAGCAAGUCCAGCAAGGAGUUGGUGGCCAACUCCAGCCAGCAAACCAGCAGUGGGGCGCUGGCGGACCCACUAUGAACCCACAACAAAGGCCGGGCAUGAUGGGUCACAUGGCGCCACAGCAGCAGACAACAGUCACUCAGCAACAGCAGCAGCCAAUGAAUCCGCAACAGCCACAACCAGGAACCCGCAGUCUGAUGCAGGUAAUGGGCGUAUCAGGAGUGGCAGCAGGGGUACAGAAUUCAAUAGCAGCCGCAGCUGCAUCAGGAAACCUUCCCCAGGCAGCGCUACAAGACCUGCUGAGAACACUGCGCUCUCCGAGCUCACCCCUUCAGCAGCAGCAAGUCCUCAACAUCCUGCGCUCCAACCCCACCCUUAUGGCCGCUUUUAUCCGUCAGAGAGCAGCCAGGUAUCAGGGUGGUCAGGUGGGCCCCGGAGGAGCAGUAGGGCCUCCACAAGGGGUGCCUGGAGGUGUGAGGUUCCAAGGGGCUGUUGGAGUACUUCCCGGCGUAGGAGUGCCUGGGGCUAACCAGCUUGCUAACAUGGAUGGGCAACAGCAGGUUAAUGUGAACCUGGCAGGCCAGCCAGGUAUGAAUAUGGCUCAGGGUGGAGCAGGGGGAGGGAAUAUGCCCACCAUGGCUCAGCUUCAGCAGUUGCAGCAACAGCAGCAACAGCAGCAGCAGCAGCAGCAGCAGCAGCAGCGCCCAAUGUUGCCUGGGAAUCUACAGCAACAGCAAAUGGCUGCAUUACAACAACAACAACAACAACAACAACAACAACAACAACAACAACAGGGAGCAAUGCAAGCAGGGCAACAAGGCAACAUUACCAAUAUGACUCCGCAGUUCAGAGAACUGUUGAUGAGAAGACACCUGCAGCAACAGCAGCAGCAACAGCAGCAGCAACAACAACAACAACAGCAACAACAACAACAACAACAACAGCAGCAACAACAACAGAUGGGAAACCACGGGCAGUUCCAGCAGCAGCAAGGCCAGCAAGGUUUCAUGCAGCCUAGCCAAGGACAGCCAGGGAUACCCCCAUCUUCCCAACCCCAGCCUGGGGGUGGAGGCGUAGGGGGUCCCCAGCAGCAGCAGCAGGGAGGACCACAGGGCCAGCAGCAAGGCUACACCAACUCCAUGUCACAGGUAGCUGCAGCGCUCCAGCAACGACUUCAGCACCAGUUGCAGAUGCAGCAGCAGCAGCAACAGCAGCAGCAGCAGCAACAACAGCAGCAGCAGCAGCAGCAGCAGCAACAAGGACAAGACGGAGGCCCCGGUGGAGGCCCCGGUGGAGGCCCCGGAGGACCAGGAGGGCCUCCGCUCCAGCCCGGACAAGGCGGACCAGGGCAGGGGCAGCAACAGCAAGGUGGAGUUGGCGGAGGGGGUGGUGGACCCCCACAGACGACACAAAGCAUGCUUCACCAGAACCUCCACCAGAGGCUCCUGCAGCAGCAGCAUCUGGGUGGGGGCUCUCCAGCCCAGCACAGCAGUCCCAUGAGUCCCCAACAACAGAUGGCGCAGUCCCCCCAUCCCCACCUCCAAGGACAAGGAGGACUCGGUCCAGCGGGGUCGCUCAGCAGUCAGGUCAGGUCGCCUCAGCCCUCGCCGAGGCCGCAGUCGCAACCUCCGCACUCCAGCCCGUCCCCGCGCAUGCAGCCCUCCUCCCAACCUCCGCCUCAGCCCUCGCCACAUCGCAUCUCCCCACAGACCCAGACUGGCUCACCCCACCCCGGCCACUUAGGCCAACACCACCCUAGUAUGGCACCGCCCCAACCUCCACAACCCCAGCAGCAGCCAGGCGGUUCUGUAGAUCCUGGUCAGUUCAGCUCGGAGCAGAACUCCAUCAUGUCCCAGCUGAGCGGGAUGACGGGGAUGCACGGUGGGCAGGGGGCACAGUCUGACAUGUUGGGUGGGAACAAUAACAGCAACAACAACAACCAGGAGCUGGGAACGAACAUUAACCACAACAGUUUAGACCUUAUGUAGCCUCGCCUCCGUACUGUCUCUCUGUCUUGAUGCUCUGAUCAAUUGCUCCAAACGACAAACUGCCAUGAAAGGAGAGCGAGGCGGGACUACAGCUUUGGGGUUUUAGAAGUUUUUAUUUUUUAUUUAAAUAUUUUUGUGAUGUAUAAAUAAGAACUGAAGCUUCCUUCCUAUGGGAGAUGCAACAUAAAUCUUAGAAGUCAAUAAAUGAAUAAAUUAAAAACAAUGGUAAGUUAUUGCUGUUAAUAUAUAUCUAUAUAUUUUUGCCAAUUGUGUACAAAAAGGUGGAAGGGCAGUGUUUCAGGUUGAAGAUAUUUCUUCCUUAGUCUAUGACACAAUAUUUUUGGGGACUGAGAAUUUUGCCUUUUUAUGAAUAUUUUUAAGAUUUUAAAUGUGGCUAAAAAUUAAAGUGAGUUGACACGAUGUACCUUUUUUAUUGUUUUGUUUUCCUUCUCAAAUACCCAGUCAUAAUUGUAUCUAUUUUGCAGAGAGUAAGUAUAUUUUAUUUCUGAAUUUAUCAUUUCUUUUCCUCGAUGGAUCGUGAUACAAGCAUCAACAUAUCUUCUGUUACAGGAAUCUUUUUCUGGACAGUUUUCACAGCAAUGUACAUUUUACAGCGACUGCAACAAUUCUCAUAUAUAGAAUUUAUUUUAUAUGAUGGGGUGGGUGGGAGGGUGCGUUAAAUGCAGUUUGAUUUUGACAGGUUUCCUACUUGUUGUUUUUGUUUGUUUUGACAGGGUUUAUAAAUUGGAAUUAAACCUCAACAGUGUUUUCGGGGGAAUGAGUGACACUGAUCGUGGGUUUGGUCGUAUUUUUCUGCAAACAAUGGCCAGAUCCGCAGAACAAAUCCUUGCACCACCUCUCCACCUUCAGUUCUCCUAUGAAUGUGCACACCUUCCGUACCCUAACCCCCCCCCCCCCCCCCCCUCCCUCCCUGCAGAAAAAGGAGGGAUGAGCGUCCAGCUGUCAGAGGCGCAUUGUGCCCCUCUUUGAAUCUGGCGGAUGUUAGUGUACAUAUAUUACAGCCUUGUUUAUAAACUGUGACAUGGAGAAGAGUGUCUUUUUUUUAUUUUAUUUUAUUUUGGGCUGCAGAAGUUUAAGAAAAUCCUGCCUGUUUCCUCGAAUCCCAACGGUUUCCUUCUCACUACUUUUCUCUCUUUCCGUUUUGUUCCUCAUCCUCAUGAUUGCCCCUCGGCCACAAGAUUUAAUUCAAUGUUAGUACUGUACAAAGUAAGAAAUGGUGGAUACUUAGAUACUGUUUUUGUAAUGAAAGUGAAAGAUGUAAAAAAAACCUGUACAUACUUUAAGAACCUUCUGAGCAGAGACAUUAUUUUCUGCUGCUUGUUUCCCCCUCUUGUUUGAUUGGAUAUUUGCUGUAUCUGUAUAAAAAAACAAAAAAAACAACUACAAAGUACUCCUGAGCUACUGUACAGUAUUGAGGUUUUUUUCUAAAAGGUACAUUAUGGGGUGUUAGAAGGUCACAAGCACCAAUGCGCCUUUUUCUGUGUAUUUUUGACAAGGUUUUAGGGAGGGAGGGGUUAUUGCAAACAAGUCACACACCUGAACAAUCUCAAAACUUAGACGUGAACCUGCACGAAGUAGAGCCGAGACAGGACGUGUGAUCUGAAAGAGUUUAAAUUUGGUCAUUUAGCUUUUUAUGGAGAGGACUGAAGACACAAUAUUCACAUGCUCACUAUUUUUCUCAAAAGGUUGGGCUUGCUGGGUAUGAGGAGGCAUCAGAACCAGGUGGCAAUAUAUCUUGAGACUUAUUUUAUAAGAAAAAAACAAGGAAAAACUGUCUUUUAUAUAUAGAUAUAUUAUUUUAUUUUAUUUUUUGGAAAUAAAACUUGAAGCUACAGGAAUUAUUAGAUAAAAACAUGUUUUGUUUUGUAUUAAAGAUGUUAUGGUGAUGCAAAAAGACACUGCAGACAGUCAUUCAGUUUGCCCUGGGGAGGCCGUGGAGUAUAUUAUACCAUCCUUUUUAAGAAAUGUUUCAUGUACAUGAAUAUAGUUGUAAACAUACUGAAUCACUGUACAAACUGAUGGCAACUGAACAAAUACUUUUAAUCUUUUCUUCUCCUAAACAGAGACUGGAAAUAAGACUAUUUAAAUAUUUGUUUAGUAUUCAAAUGGAAUCUUUGACCACUUCUUCGUUCCUCUUGUUAACAAUUUUGGUGCUUGCUGAGAGAAAGCAAAAAUAACUGUUGCUCCAUUUUCAUUAGUUUCUUUUUUUUUAAGUUAUUUUGGUGGUCUGAUUGUUUUUUGCCAAUAAAUUAAUUGUACAAUAAAGUAUGUUUGUACCAUUGGAAAAAAUA